UCGGGACACGAACAAAUUUAUGGAAAGCAUAUGAAACAUUAGUGGUGAGCGCUGAGCGAAGACGUGUCUCAUUUUCAACCUUAUUGAAGAUUUCGACAUGGAUGUUCUUAAGUCAGCAAGACGGGCGAUUAUUCGGAGCCCAAGUCUCGCCAGACAGUCAUGGAGUGCUGGAAAACACAAAAAACUUCCAGAGAACUGGACUGACACGAGGGAGACCCUCCUAGAGGGCAUGAUCUUUAACCUUAGGCACCUGGGUAUGACCUUGGUGGAUCAGCCCAAGGGUGAGGAGCUGUCUGCUGCAGCUGUCAAAAGAAUCGUCGCCACGGCUAAAGCCAGUGGAAAGAAACUCUCCAAAGUGGCAUUACAAGUGUCUCCUCAGGGAAUUGUCCUGUACGACAGAUUGUCCAAUCAUGUGAUAGAGAACAUCUCUAUUUACAGAAUAUCCUAUUGCACAGCGGACAAGAUGCACGACAAGGUGUUUGCCUUCAUCGCCCAGAACCAAUACAACGAGACCCUGGCGUGCCACGCCUUCCUCUGUGCCAAGAGGAAAGUGGCCCAGGCCGUGACCCUGACAGUGGCUCAAGCCUUCAGAGUAGCCUUCGAGUUUUGGCAGGUCGCCAAGGAAGAGAAAGAGCAGCGGAUGAAGUCAGGCUCAGGUGGCGAGGCGUCGAGUAAUUCCCAGUCAGAGAGAUCAGCCAGUCUGGAUAAUCAAAAAGUAGCAGAUGUAGCUACAGGGAAACUCUUGGACUUUGACGAUUGCGCUCAUGGAGUGGAGAACGUAGAUAACCAGGAGAACCGUGUGGAUAACCACAUUGGGCCUGAGAACAAUAACGUUAUCUGGGAGGUUGAUGACGGUUUGGAUGAAGCUUUUUCAAGACUCGCUGAGUCUCGUACUAACCCCCAGGUCCUGGACAUUGGGGUGACACCUCUAGACUGGAAUUCGGAUCCUGAUUGGGACAAAACCAAUGGAAACCCACCUAGCCCUGACAACCUCUUUGGCUUCUGAGUACACACACAGUGUGGGCAGAGACUGACGGAUGGUUAUGCACAUGGAAAGGGUGUUUAGAGAAGCCCGUCAUCACUAAUAACCACGGCAGCCUUGGCAAUGCCAACUGGACCAGUCCAUUCCAACCAUCCUGCCAUAGACCUGUCAUACCAAAGCAAUACCAGAAGAAUC